AACAACCAUUCUUAAAUGAACACAGCGUUUACCUCUCUCGCCCAAUUCACUUGUUGAAACCAGCUGCUCCUUCCGCCACAGCGUGUGUCGGAGACGGAGAAAGCUACGUCCCGAAAAGCUUUACUUCGUCACAACCCAUCACAGUCAAAUGAACCAGGUCGCAGAUCUGCGCAAAAUGCCUUCCCGCAUCCACUACCCUUACGUCCAUCCCGUCUUCAAUAUGGGGUCCCACAUUUUCCAAAUACCGGGUUCUAUCGCAAUGCAUUCAAUGCGCCUAAUCAAUUUAUGUCUAGUUACCGCUGCGGCCCGUCUGGGAUAACGAUGGCCUCUGGCUCAGCAACUCCCUCGGGAUAUCAGUCGCAACAGUCGAAUUAUCAAACCCAAUCUUCGUAUCCACAACAAUUCUAUCAGCCUCAGGCACCAGGAAGCGCAUAUUCGGCUGCACCCGUCAUUCAAAAUCCAUUUCCUCUGCCUGGACAAGACAACGCCAACGGAUCAAGCCGACAGCCAUACGAUCCUGAGCUUGAGGCCCAGAUUGCGCAAUGGCAGUCUGCCUACGUGCCUCGGGAUGACUCAGCUUUUGCCAGAAAUGGAGCGAGAAACGAAGUCAGUCAGCCAGGAACCUCGACACCACAAACGAACGCUGAUAACAGCACAAAUGUCCACCAAGGGACAAACAAAGUUGCGGAUGGCAGACCGGUCACAGUUGUUCGACAUGGUGCUGGCAAAACGUGGGAAGACAAUUCGCUGCUGGAAUGGGGAGAUGAUCCAAGACUAUUCGUUGGUAAUCUUGCCGGAGAGGUCACAGACGAUUCGUUGUUAAAAGCAUUUUCGAAAUUCAAUGCGGCAAAAGCGCGAGUCAUCCGAGACAAGCGAACUACCAAAAGCAAGGGAUACGGGUUUGUCAGCUUCAAAAACGCGGACGACUUCUUCAGCGCCGCGAAAGAGAUGGUUGGGAAAUACAUUGGGAGCCACCCAGUCACGAUCAAGAAGGCCGAAAAGAUUGCUACACCGUCCGUUGUGCGUGAUCAAAAUAGUAAGCACAACCAUAAGAAUCGUAAAGGAAACUUCCGCGAGGGUCAUGCGAAUACUGGCGCUGGUGUACGUAAGCCUCAAAAGCCCAAGGGACCGAAGUUGCUUGGCUGAGUGCGGAUGCGAGCCACAUCGCACGAAGAACGUCAAGACCCUGGAGGGGCUCUAGAGAUGACUUGUAUAUGUCAUCACAUACUUAGGUCCGGCAUACGUCAAAAUCGGGGAAAUGUAGCUGGUAAAUGACAUCCAAUGGAUCAAGAGAACAAAAGUGUUGCACUUAGCCUAUACCGUCCAUGGCUAGGAAAGAGCAGGAGAUACGACAGGGCCUUUGGGGAAAGCAAGUGAUCCUAACUGGAAUGAUCAAAUGAGGGUGAUUCGGUGUUCAAAUCUCCUGGAAUACGUCGAAGAGAGCUUCGAGGAACAAGCAGCAGCACUGCCAUGUACCUAGUAGGUAUUCAGGAUAUUUAAGACCUUACAUAAUCCGGACUUUAAUACUCCCUAAUCUCCUACCGCAAGUCCGUGCACUGAACAGGCCGCGAUAGGUUUAGC